AAUCUGUCAAACACACUUGUCAUCACAAAAUAAUCGUCGGGUUUUUUUGUAAAAUUGUAAUAAUUGCUGUGAUUAAAUUAAUUAGUGAGAAAGACUACUAACGGCAUAAUUUUUAUUCGUAUCAUUUAAACAAAAGUUAAAUCAUGUGUGUUUUUUGUUAGAAAACUAUGUAAUUUUUAAUGUAAUCGGGAUGUCUGCAAAACCGACGAUUUACCAUGAAAAACAAGUUAAAGAAUUGUGCGCGCUGCACGCACUUAACAAUUUAUUCCAGGUGCGCGGGACGUUUUCGAAGAGCGAGCUGGACGGGAUCUGCAGCCGGCUGUCGCCGAACGUGUGGAUCAACCCGCACCGCUCCAUGCUGGGGCUGGGCAACUACGACAUCAACGUGAUCAUGGCCGCGCUGCAGCUGAAGGGCUGCGAGGCCGUGUGGUUCGACAAGAGGAAAGACCCGGGCUGCCUCGACCUAUCAAACAUCUGUGGGUUCAUUCUGAAUGUGCCCUCCGACUACAAGUUUGGGUUCGUGAUGCUGCCCCUGCGCCGUCGUCACUGGAUUGCCAUCCGUCAGAUCCAGGGGAACUUCUACAACUUGGACUCCAAGUUGGACGCACCACAGCUCAUUGGAAGAAGCAGUGAUCUCAUAGCCUACCUAAAGCAGCAAAUGGAGUGUAAAGAAAAAGAGCUCUUUGUGGUUGUAAGCAAGGAAGUAGAAGAAAAGCAGCUCUGGAUGAACCAGUUCACCGUCACCUCGCCAACCCACAACGCCUCCCUCAACCACUGUGACAGCCCCGACAGUGUUUCAGAUACCAGUAACCCGUACGAGUCUAAAAAUGAUAGUGUGGAGUGUCUUCAAAUACAUGAAGUGCGGAACUGUUCUUUGGCGGUUAAUGACUUUUAAAAGUGUACUUCUUUCCAUUAGACUGAUAGUGUCGACUGUCUGGUUCUGUGGGUGUUGGAAAUUGAACCAUAAAAAUUGAUUAAAUCGUUAUUUACUAUAUUAUUCCUCUACUUAUUUAAAGUUUUUCCGCUAUGGAAACUAUUUUAAACCAUGUGUAAUUUGUACACACCUGAUAAAAGUAUGAUUUACAUCUGCUUUGUUUAUUUUUAAUGAAUGGGCUUUUAAAAUUUUGUAGCUGAUGAGAAUUGGAGGUCUAUUUUUAAUGCUCAUCAUUACUUAAAACUUUCAAUAAAUUUAACAAGGCAUGUUUGAUGUUUGUAUUAACAAUGUGUUUGAAAUUUACUAUGUAUUUUGCUCUCUCAGUGUAGCAGUGAAUACAGUUUAAAAGGCAACUAAUUUUUAAGGUUUCAAAUUUACAUUUUUUUAACUUUUUUUUUUGCUGAUAUUAUUUGCAUACUUAUUUCUUCAGUAUGAAAGUCUAAAAUCAAUUGGUAUAACAUAACAGAUGAGUGAAACGCCUAAUGCCAUUGUGAACUAUGCCUUAUAAAUGGUAAUGUAAGAUAUAAAUAUUUAUAAAUAAUUUAGUCCAAUUCUUGCGUAAUGUGUCUAUUUCUCAAGUUAUCAUGAAAAAUUUCCAUUAAAAACUACAAUUGUAAUUUGAAUCUUUUGGAUCGGAUUUUAAAACGAACAUAUAGCUCAUUGUAAAAAAAUGAUUUCGGCAGACGUCUAUUAUCUUGAAUAUAUCCAAAUAUAACUAUAUACUGUCUUAGAUAUUCGAUACCAAUUACAACCUGUAAGUAAGGGUCAAAAGUUGUCACUAGAUUACUAACAAUGCGGCGUUGGAUAACAUAUAUAUGAUAUAUAUCUGUGCAUUUCAAUAGGUAUACAAUAUAUUUAAUUAAAAAUGUGAUUCCAAGUCUACAACGAAGCAAAUAUCCUUGCUCCAUAGGUUAACGUCGACGCGAGGCGACAAAUAGUUUGAUAGACGUAUGAAGGCUACCCAGUGCCACAUUGUUACGUCUCCGUCUAAAAUUGUACGUGUAAUUAUGAAAACAUAUCCUCGUAUAUUAAUGAUGACCAUAUUGUAAAGUUCUUACUACGACAGAUAGAAUGGAGUCACGAGUUUUGGGCGCUUACAAUUGUAAUGUAUUUAUAUGUAACGAUCUAUAUUCUACAUUACCAAAUUCGUGGCAAUACCUCUAUAUUUUCUGGAUUUGUAGUACUACUUAUAGUACGAAUACGAUUUUUAUUGUUGUGUUAUUGUGUUGUAUUUAAUUUAUUUGUUUUGUACAAUUUUGUUGGGUUAGUUGUAAUAUAGGAACGAGUUAUUUGUUACUGUGUUGGUUAAGUGCCUAUUAGCACCAAAUGAUUCUGUCCAUAAUAUAUUCAGUACCUAUGACAGACAACCGAAGAUAAAAAAUGUGUCGCUUUCACUAGACAUUGUCAGUUGUUCUUAAAGCCAGUUUUUACCACUUUCAGUGUCGAGCGCCCCAUUCCAAUACAAAAUGAAUCCACGCAGCGGGUUCUUGGCAGUGAAUGUGUUAACUGCAUUUCUGUGGAAGCGGCACCCUACUGACACCAAAUAAUCUGGUGAUCAACACUGUACAAACAUUCAGGGCAUAGACGUAAAUAAUUGUCAACAACUUUGGUACAGAUUUUGACAACAUAGAUAUAUAGGUAUACCACCAUCGGCAUCGCCCACACUGUUAACUGUACAUCGGUGGACCUUAUGCCUUUUGUAAUAAGGUCCACCUGUAUACAGUUAGGAGUGUUGCUGUUUGUACCAACGUAUCUACAAAUGACAAGUUCCGUUCAUAUAGUCAGUGUAUGUACUGACUUUGAAUGUAAAUUAUCUUUGUAUUAUUUUAACGUUAAAUGUGUUAGUGUACGAUAGACGGCCUAAAUUAAUGAUAUUGGGUUUAGAGGGUAUUUAGGACUUUAUCUAUACUUCGUUUUUUUUAGCAUUAGAAAUUAGGUAAACAAUCUUGAUGUGUGUUUUAAUUGAAAAACACAUUUUAAAAAUAAGUUACGGCAAAUAUGUAACAAUUAUGAAUCUAAUACGAUCAUUUAUAUUCUUCUGCUUUCAUAAGUAAUAGUUUUAUAUUUUUAUAAAGCGUUUUUCAAUCAAAAGACAUGUCAAGAUCGCUUACCUUCUUGCAAGUUCUUUCUAAUGCUAAAUAAAACGAACUAUAAACAUUCACUGUCUUUUGCAAGAUAAUGUACAAUCAGCACCACCAAUAUAGGAGUAUUUUAGUCAUCUUAUGACUAUUCAUAAUUUUUAAAACUUUUUUUAUUUUUUGACUUUGACUUAUAUUGAUAGCGAUCCAAACUCAGGAUGGUAACUAGUAUAUUGUCUUUUAGUAACCUGUGCCAACAAUAUAUUCUUUAGUUUAAACUACCCACACCCCUAGCACAGCUUCACCGCGAUACGAUGUCGCGCGCGCUGUGCUAGGCUAACACAAAUCAUACGGAUCGCAACGAACAUUUCCUGUGAACUCCUAUAUUUUAUAAUGAUUGCAAAAGCGGCUUAAUUUUUAGCACUUUCAUUGAACCCAUUCAAAUCAAAUUAAAUUAAUAUUUUAUUUUAAAGUGGCAGUGAAAGUGUUAACAGUGCUGCGACAAUAAUGACUUAUUCGUGUUUUAAAUUAGGGAUAUUGUGAAUGAUAUUCAUUCGUCUUACCUUGCAAUCUAUCAGUAUAUAAUAAGUUUAGAGUUAAGAGCAUAGGGGCGCUGAAAAUGGGUACCUCCCAGUUGUUUUACAGUCUAGUGAAAACCUUAUACAAUAGAGUCUUAACUUGAACACCAAAGCUGCGCUAUGGCGACCACUAGAUGGGUUAUUAUAUCUAAUUAAUGAUACUUAUACCUGUAAAAAAUAUUUCUCUGUAAGUUAAAAAUACCUCGUAUAAAAUAUGAAGAUCCCGUGACUAUACUAUCCGCAAACCAAACUGACGACCGAGGUUAUAUCACUAUCUCUCUCCCUUUUGCAAUAACGACGUAAGCGUGAAUGAGAAGUUUUAGGAUCCCCGUCGUCAGUUUGGUUUGCGGGAUAGUAUAAUAGAUGGCGCUCCUCUCUGUUCUACGUCGCGCUAUAGGUGUUAUCAAAACCACAUGCAUUAUACAAUGUAUAUACGAACUGACCAUUAAUAUUCACUUUAUUACUACUGAGUAAGGUCUACUAUUGGUUGCCUUAGUACAUUUAUGGAUUCUAUGGCUUUGGUGCCUGUUUUAACACCACUGACAAUUUCCUGUACAUUUAUGGGUCGGUAAGCAACGACGGUACAAAGCGUCAAUAUUUAUAUGUUGGACCAGCAAUGUAUAGUGAAUUGUCAGCUUGGUGCCAGAGUACUAAAGAGCGACUGGGAUCUGUCCGUUGCAAUAUGAGCCUUAUGCGGUAAUGUCCAAGGCACAACCAAAUGCAGCCGCACGGCUAAGUACAAGCAAUAAAACCAAAAAAAUAGGAUAAUUUUAUGUAACACAAGUUUAUACGCACUCGUUGUAUCUACUCUUUUUGAGUUCGUCUUUUGAUGGUUCAAGUAAACUGUAUUUUAUUCCUGAUCCAAAAUCAAUGAACGUUUUAAUCUACUUGUACUAUGCAUUGUAAAUAUAAGAUAUUUUCUUAUAAAAAUAGAAGGUGUGAUGACUAA